AUGUCGAUCCAGCCCACUCACCCCAUGGGCGCAAUGAACAAGAUCGCAAAAGACACCUCCAACCGCAAGAACCCCAACCGCAAAAAAAAGCUCGAAUACCCGCCCAACGGCUACCAGGCUCCAAAAAGCCUGCUCCGCGUCCAUUCUCCCGAAGACAUCACGCGCAAUCACGGACGCGUCUUGCAGAUCUGGACGAUGUGCCGCAAACCGUGGGGCGCGCCAAACAAUGGCUGCCGUUCGGCGCAUCGGAACUUCUAUGUGUGGCACAAUGGCGUGUUGCGCGAGGUGUGGAAGUGUGUGAGGGACGUUUGCGAUUGGGAUGGUCAUGAGGCGGAGGAGGAUGAAGAGGGCGAUGGCGAUGGCGACGAUGGCGAUGAGGCUGGAGGAGGAGGCGACGAUACAGGCGGCGGGUUCAACGACCAAGUCGAUGAUAGAGACUCGAUGGCGGGAGGCGAUACCGAGGAGGAUGAGCCCGGUAAGGGAAUGGAGGAGAUGUUGAAGAAGCACAACGAGGCCAAGAAUAAGACGCAGCAGAGCAAGAUGCGUCACACCGACUUCAACGUCAAGGUGCACAAGAAGCAAUUGACGGCCAGGCCGUUCAAGAUCGAUGCGAGUUUCACCAUGCGGAAGAAGCAGUGCGACGAGAUUGAUUGCGAGUCUGCUUGCGAACAGCAUGGAGCAAGGGUGCGACGUGUGCGUUUGGGCAGAAAGGGACAAGAACUGUCGCAUUUGUCUGAGCGUCUCCUCCUCGGCGAGCAGAAGGGAUCGCUCUGGCAUGAACGAAUGUUGGCUCGAGAAGGCUGA